ACACUCGACGAAAGUACUCUAAUGCUGAAUGUUCAAAAUCAAUAAUAAUAGGCAACCAACAAACUAAGUCAAUUAUCAUAAUAACGCAAAUUAUCACACAACAUACUAACCAAAACUCAUCUGACUCCCUAACAUACAACGAUACCCUAGGCGAAACCUUAUUGACAAACUACGACAUUAGCACGACCACCAAAAUCACAAUAACUCGUCCUCCAAAAACUGCUAGAACAUCAACCCACAUUAUAACAAGUAAAACGUUUGGAAAUCCAAUGACUUCUACAGCCCAUCACCCAACAAUGCUAUUCACUAUUCCCGAAUUUAACAAAAUGCCAACAGAGCAUAA